AUGAGCGACGUUGAAAGACUUUUGAAGCAGGCUGCUAUGCAAAUCGGUGCUGGUGGAAGCGCAGGCUUCGUUGAAGUCUGUAUUAUGCAUCCUUUAGAUCUAGUGAAAACUAGGUUUCAGUUGCAAGCCACAAAUUCGUCUUUAAAAAGUGCUGAUCCACACUACUACAAUGGUAUAGUAGACUGUAUGAAAAAAAUGUACAAAUAUGAAGGAUUAACGUCAUUCUGGAAAGGAAUAUUGCCUCCAAUUUUAGCAGAGACACCUAAACGUGCUGUGAAGUUUUUAACUUUUGAGCAAUACAAAAGGUUUUUCAUGUUUGGUUCCAGCACACCCACACCAUUAACAUUUUCCUUAGCUGGUCUUGGAGCAGGUAUAACAGAAGCCAUUCUAGUUAACCCUUUUGAAGUAGUUAAGGUCACUUUGCAAUCCAAUAAGGCGUUUGUUACACAAGUGCCAAGUACAUGGUCUGUGACUAGACAGAUUGUCAGAGAAAAUGGUCUGGGCUCAAAGGGCCUGAACAAAGGAUUAACUGCAACCAUGGCAAGAAAUGGUAUCUUUAACAUGGUUUACUUUGGAUUCUACCAUAGUGUCAAAGGAUAUGUUCCUGAAUAUGAGGAUCCUCUUCUCGAGUUUGGACGUAAAAUAGCAAUUGGUUUUACCUCCGGUGUCUUGGGAUCAUGCGUCAACAUACCUUUCGAUGUGGCCAAAAGUCGCAUCCAGGGCCCUCAGCCCACGCCUGGCGUUAUCAAAUAUAAUUCCACCGUCGGCGCUAUCAACUUAGUUUAUAGAGAAGAAGGAUUCCGUGCUCUUUACAAAGGACUGUUGCCGAAAGUAUUACGAUUGGGUCCAGGAGGCGCUAUAAUGUUAGUGGUGUACGAUUACGUAUACAAUUACUUAGACAAUAAGUUUCAAGUCAAAUGA